AAUUUUUCAAAUGUUACAUACGUUGGACGUGACUAAAGAGAUACAGCGGUGGGGGUGGGCUAAGCGGGCUAAGUCCUACGUGGUAUAUCAAAUAACUCUUGUUUUGGUAAAAAAGCUUAUCUCUCUUGAAAAGAGACUCGUGGCAGCUGAAGUUACCAGUUUUAUCAAACAUUUCCAGUAAAACUCUCACUCUGAAUUCUUCGUUCCUUCGAGUCGUUUGUUCAAAAUGAAGUGGGCUCAACCAAUCGCUGUUACUUUACGUACGAUGCGUACGUUAUCUACGCUGGUAACAUGUCACGCACGUCACAGACGAAUGCUGAUCAGAUUCGCCGGACUCGGAUUAGGAGCAGCUUCCUUUACAACGAUCUUUGCAGCUAGCAGUAAUAAUACGAACGUGGUCGAUCCCUCGUACGAUGCUUCCAAGUUUAUGGCAGAGCCGGUUACUCCCCGUUCGACUCUCAUCAAAGACAAAGAUGAUAUGAAAGUAAAAAUGGAAUUGUUCAUCAUGAAGAUUCAGGCAGAAUUUUGUCGCGCGCUUGAAAAUGAAGAGGACCCAUCAAAAAAAUUUUUCGUUGAUCGAUGGACGAGAUCAGAAGGAGGUGGGGGCGUUACUUGCGUUAUUCAAGAUGGUAAGACCUUCGAGAAAGCUGGCGUCAACGUAUCGGUGGUUCAUGGCGUUCUCCCGGUCGAUGCUGUUCGCCAAAUGAAGGCUCGCGGAAAAGAUUUAGUAGGAAAAGAACUUCCAUUUUUCGCUGCCGGAAUUAGCUCGGUUAUUCAUCCCAGCAAUCCCCACGUACCCACUGUCCAUUUCAACUAUCGGUAUUUCGAGGUUACCCAAGAAAAUGGCGAAAAGAUGUGGUGGUUUGGUGGUGGUACCGACCUUACCCCGUAUUAUCUAGUCGAGGAAGAUGUGCGCCAUUUCCACUCUACGCUUAAAAAGGCAUGCGAUUCUCACGAUCGUGGCUAUUAUCAAAAAUUUAAAAAGUGGUGCGACGAUUACUUUAUGGUCAGCCAUCGGAACGAAAGGCGAGGAGUUGGAGGUAUUUUCUUCGACGAUUUUGAUGGAAAAUCCAGUGAAGAUUGCUUCGAGUUUGUCAAGUCUUGCGCCGAGUCCGUCAUACCGUCAUAUGUUCCCUUAGUAAACAAGCACAGAAACGACCCUUACACUAGCGCGGAACGAGAUUGGCAACUUCUAAGACGCGGACGCUACGUCGAGUUUAACUUAGUCUAUGACCGUGGAACCAAAUUUGGACUUUACACUCCCGGUGCUCGUAUCGAGAGUAUUCUGAUGUCUCUUCCAGUAUAUGCCAAAUGGGAAUAUAUGCACUCACCACCGGAUGGGACCCCAGAGGCAAAAUUAACUGAAAUACUGAAAAAUCCUAAAGAAUGGAUCUGAUUACGUCAACCUCAAUUUUUCGCAAAUUUAGUCUCAGAUGUAUUACUAUUUUUUGUUUAACACCACUUGCUCUAUAUUCUAUAAAUUUUAACAUAGAUGGGUUACAAUAAAUGGGUCAUAAAGGUUUA